AUGUCUCACGAAGUCGUACGGAAAGACGAAGUACUCCUCAGCUCAAAGGGUAGACCGCCAUGGUACUCGCCAACGGGCAAAGCUGUACCGAGCUAUGUCAUCGGUAUCGCAGGAGGUAGUGCCAGUGGCAAGACCCACGUCGCAACAUCCAUAUUGAGGCAGCUCAAUCAUAUCCCAACAUGCCUAAUCCUCUCGCAAGACUCGUUUUACAACAAGCUUGAUGCCGAGAAGAACGCCAUGGCCCAUAGGAACGAGCUGGACUUUGACGCACCAGAAGCCAUCGACAUGAAGUUGUUCGCACAAUGUGUCCGAGAUCUGAAAGAGGGGAAAGCCGUCAACUGUCCAGUCUACAGCUUCGACGAGCAUCAGCGUCUAGAGGAAACAAAGUACUUAUACGGGGCAAGUGUGAUCAUCGUUGAGGGCAUUUUGACGCUAUGUUCACCAGAACUCCGCGACCUGUACGAUCUGAAAAUCUUCGUGAACGCCGACUCGGAUGUCAUGCUAUCGAGACGAAUCUUGCGAGAUACCAAGGAGCGAGGCCGGGACGUCGACGGAAUCAUCGCUCAAUACCUCCGCUUCGUGAAACGCAGCUACGACACCUUUGUUCUGCCUUCAUCCAAACAUGCGGAUAUCAUCGUUCCCGGACAAGACAAUGACACAGCAAAGGUCCUGCUUGCCGCUCAUGUCCAGCGCGAAAUUGACGCUCGCUCUCUGAGGUUCCGAAGCAAGUUGAUGGAACAGAACGCUCCUCGUUCAAGACAGACUACGGCGCAAGAUAUGGAGGUAUCAGAAGAACAGGAACCGUUCUUCACUCUGCUCAAGCAAACAAACCAGCUUCAGGGAAUCAUGACAAUCCUGCGGGACGCUUCUACGCCCCGCUCCGAGUUCAUCUUUUAUGUCGAUCGCCUAUCGUCAUUAGUAGUCGAAGAAGCUCUGGGAAUGCUCGAAUACGGCUCGGUCAAGGUCACCACACCGCUUGGCGUCUCGGCUUCGGGGAUGACAAUGUUGCAGAAAUCGGUCGUUGGCGUAUGCAUUCAGAGAUCCGGUGGACCUUUCGUUAAGGGACUGAGAAGAGUCAUUCGGGAUGUCCGCAUCGGAGCUCUCCUGAUUCAGAGCGACAAUUCGACAGGGGAACCCUUGCUCUUUCACACGUCGCUUCCCGACUGCGUUAAAAGCGAUGCUGCCAAGGACACGGUGGUCUUCCUGAUGGACGCUCAAAUCUCGACUGGUGCGGCAGCCAUCAUGGCUGUUCGAGUCCUGUUGGAUCACGGCAUACAAGAACGUCAUAUCGUCUUCCUAACCUAUCUGGUAGCGCCUCAAGGAUUGGCUGCAGUUUACAAGGCUUUCCCAGCAGUGCGCAUCGUAGCUGCAGCCAAGGGAUACGAUACGGAAGAAUGGACCUUCUCGCUGCCGAAGCACGCAACCGGCACAAGCAGUCCGGUCGAGAUGGAAGAUGAGCGAUCCCCCACCGAUGCUGACACGGGCGGGUCUCAUCACUUGCAAGAGGCUUUUAAACGGUUGCAGUUCAACCGACGCUCUUCUGACACUCCGCAGGAGACUAAGAAGAAAGCCUGGAUCGUCGUGCCAGACUGCGGAGCCUUUGGCGAUAGGUAUCUCGGAGCAUAG